GAACUCGCCGCAUACAAACAUGGCCGCGCUAUCGAAUAUCGCUCAGGUCGCAAAACAGCUGUCAUUCGCGAGGAAUUCGGCGCACUGCCACAAUCGAUCGUUCUGGCAGUGGCUGAACGGAGUAUUCAACAGGUACGACCCCGACCGCAUCAAGGAGAUCGGGCCUGACAGGGCAGCGGCCGAGUGGCUCAUUCGAUGCGGAGCAGCCGUGAAGUGGUGCGGAGCUGUCAAGUUUCACACCGACUACAACACGCUGCCGUCGACUAGCUCGGGCGCUUACAGGAUCGAAGAAAUUGACGCCACUGACUCGUCCAUUAUGGCGGCCGGCUUUCCUUACUUAAAAGACCUGACUCGGCUGAAGUCGAUCAACAUGACACGCUGCAACUACCUCGGAGACAAGGCGCUGCAAAUGCUGCAACUACGCAAGGAUAGCCUGGAAGAAGUGCGGGUCAUCAGCUGCGGAAACGUGUCAGACGCCGGAGUCAAGUCUCUGUCGGAGCUCGCGAAGUUGCGCUACCUGGAGCUUUUCGACUUGCCCGGAGUUCGAGACCGUGAAGAGAUUUUGAAACAUUUCAACGAGUUCCUGCCGACCUGCAAAGUUGACUAUCGUGACGUGAACGAAGCCGCUGAGCCAAAGAAGUGACUCAGCAAUAUGGAUCCACCUUCUCCCAAGCAACUGUAGAUAAACUCAAAUUUGUUUUAUUUACAUAUGUACAUUGGAAAAUAAAUAACGCUGCACACGCCUUCGAAAGACCA